AUGGCCAAGUCGCAAACCCUCAAGACCGAAGUCGUCGACUCGCAACCCGACCGCAUCAUCUUCAAGCUGCAACAAGAGUACACGCCCAGAGUUGUCCACUUCUCCAAGCCAGUCAACAGUCUUGUCACAUUGACCUUGGACGACCAAGGCAAGGUCAAAUACCACAAGGACAUGUGGAAUGAGAAGGACUAUUCGCAUGAAGGCUUGGGUAAGAUCAUGAAGACUCUGAACGGUGACCAUUUGACCAAGGUGAGUGUGUGCGCGAAAAGGAAAAGAGGAUUGCAGGCUGACACAACAGCAGAUCACCCAACCGCCAGAGACUCUGUAGAUGUUACUUUACGAAACCCACGAAUCCAUAACGCUCUAGAAUAUCUAAUAUAA